AUGGCCGAGUGGACACAGACAACGAAGUCGACGGCAGGGAAGCUGCCGCAAUGCGCCACGAGGGCUGCGCCGGGGGACGCGAGUUGGGAGCAGAGGCUCAAGGAGGAGCUGGCAGCCAUGAUUCAGUAUAUCAAGAUGAACAAGGCGAAGGACGAGCACUGGUUCACCGUGGAUCCGCCGCUGGAGAACGGUGCCAAGUGGUCGGGGACGUGCUGGAUGAUGCACGAGUACCAGAGAUAUGAGUUUCGGUGGCAACUUGAAUUAGGGAUCUCCUAUCCAGCGGCGCCCCCCGAGAUCGAGCUGCCGGAGCUCGAGGGCAAGACCGCGAAGAUGUACAGGGGCGGACGCAUCUGCACCACGAUACACUUCGACCCCCUGUGGCGUCGCAACGUCCCUGCAUUCGGGCUCGCACACGCCUUCUGCCUUGGACUUGGUCCCUGGAUGGCCGCCGAAGUCCCUUACAUGGCCGGCCUCGGCCUCAUACAGCCCGUCUCAGGCACAUCUGGCAGCUAG